CGCUAAAUCGAGCAGAGAUGAAGAGCAUUUUGGGCGACGGGCCGUCGCUGAAAUUUCAGUCAUAUUAUCCUGAAUGGAUGGCUCUGCCAUCAUACCAUCAGUUAUCACCUGAACAAUUUUCUCAGUGCCCUUUUUCUUUUGACUAUUUUGGCCUGAUUUCUUCGCAACCUCUUGUUCCGAAGAUGUCAUGCUUUCAGUAUGAAGCUUCUUUUCCUUAUUGCGUUGCUUUAUUUCACUACUAACGAUUUUCUUAUGAGCCUCAAGCAAGAAAUUAUCCAUCUCUUUCUCCUCUAACGGUUUUUCAUGAUGGACCGCACCCGAAUUGAAGUUAGAUAAGAUGUUAUUAGGAGUAUUAUCAUUUUGCAACUGUUUUUCUUCCAAUUUCUCAAUUCUAGCAUCACGUCGGUUAUUCUCUUCUAUCAUCUGCUUCAUAAGCUCCGCAUUUCUGGCCUCAAUCUCGACAUUCCUGGCUUCAACCUCAGCAAGCUUCUUUCUAAGUUCAGCAUUUUCAGUCUCAAGUUCGACAUUCCUAGCCUCAAGCUCAGUAAUGCGUUGCUUUAAUAAAUCUAUUUCGGAUUGCAUGUCCUAUAAUAUUUUUAUGUUCUGUAUGUUAGUAUUCAAAAUCAGAAAAAAAAUGUAGCGUUUGAUAUUCCGGGGACUUCUUAUCCAAAGCAUCUUCGGAAAAUU